AUGGAUGUUAAAAAGAGAGAUAGAGUUGCCAAAGCUUGUGAAUAUUGUAGGAAGAAGAAGAUCAAGUGUAAUGGUCAAACUCCUUGUUCCAAUUGUAAAGGAGAAUGUCUAUAUUUGGUGAAUGAACGAAAACCAAGGAAAAGAGUGACCAAACCAAAAGCUGAAAGUGUUCAAGCUUUAGAUGAUAGAUUAGGUAGAUUAGAGAAAUUAUUACUGUCAUUAACAGCCAAAUUAGGAGGAAGCAUUGAACAAAUCACUCCCGAUGGAGAAAGUUCUGAAGAAGAAAUAGAUGAUGAGUCAAUUAAUGAAGAUCAAGCUUAUGAACAAGCCAUCGCUGGUGGUAAUGCUUAUAUGAUGACCGAAUCAAAAGUUUCGGGUGACCUUAAUGAAGAUAAAAGAGUUUUCCAUCUUUCAGAGAAAUUUUAUGGUAGUCAUUCAAGUUUUAGAAUUUUUAGUGAUAAAAGUGCUAAAUGGAUGCAAAAUCAAUUACCCCCAGAAGAUGCUCAUCUAUUAAUUCCUGUAAGUAAUAUGCCUGUUGUACUUGCUUUAUGUAUGAAAACAUUCAAUGAUAUUUGGUUCAAUUCACGGCCCGUUGAUGAAGAGCUGAGGAAAAGAUUAAGUGAGGGUUGGUUCCCUGAAGAUGAACAUUUAAUAUUUGAAUUGAUUAAAUGUAUUGAUAAAAUCUUUUUAGCUAGUUAUGUUGCAUCUUCAAAAGAUUUGGAAGUAUUGUUCAGGUCAUAUUAUCGUAAUGUGGAAUUAAAAAGGCGUAAUAUGGUAGAAUCUGAUGAUUAUAAAGUAUUUACUGAUAGUGAAUUAUUGAUUAUGAAUAUUUCAUUAAGUCUUUGUAUUGCUUCCGUCGUAGAUAAACGAAUGCUUCCUACUGGACAAGAUAGUAAUGGUGGUACUCCAGGUGAAACUCCUUCAUUAACUUCAUAUUCCAUUGAUGAUUUAAUUCAAUUACAAACUAAAUUUUUUUCCAGUUCCAUUUAUUAUUAUGGUAUGGUAUCGUUAUUGAGUGAUGGUAUCGAAACUAUUCAAGGUAUAUUACUCAUGAUUUUAUUCUUGGAAACCAGUUGGAUCAAACUGUCUGUGAGUUAUAUACUUGCUUCCAUUGCUGUUAGAUAUGGACAAGAAAUAGGUUUACAUCGUAUGGAAACAAUUCAAGGAUUAUCCGAAGAGGAAGGUGGUCUUAGAAGAAGAUUAUGGUAUUUUUGUGAAUAUUUAGAUAUGGAAGUUUGUUAUAGACAUGGUAAACCUCCAUUAAUUAAUUCCAACGAUGUUUCAACUUUGAGUGGUAGAGAUUUAUUGAAUACAAUGAGAUAUCAUUUACUCGAAGGUGAGGAAUUUCCCAAGAAAUUUCAAGGAAAUUUUGAUCCCUUGGAUCCCGAUUUCUUACAAUUUGUAUUACAACAUAAAGAUUUCACUUCUUAUAUUGGAUUCGUUAUGCACAAUUUAACUAAAAUCAAAUCAAAAAGUUAUUCAGCUUUAUUUAGUGCCUCGUCAUCAAAUCAUUCAUUGGAGGAUUUGAUAUCGACUUUGAAAACUCUUAAUGAAGAUAUGGAUAAGUUGAAACAAUCAAUGGAUAAAGAUUUAAGACCAAAGUUCUAUUACGAACACGAUUUUGAUCAAUGUCUUAUAUUCAAUCAAGAUAUUGACAGUCUGGAUUUACAAUUUUCUCUUUGUUUCCAUUUAACUUAUUUUGUUCAUUUGAUGACUAUCAAUAGAUUAAUAACUCAAGUUGAUGCUAAAGCUUGUAAUAACAAAGAAAUCCUAAAUUUCAGACAUCUUUACUUGAAUAGUGCCAGGACAAUUUUACAUAUCAUUAAAAAGAUUGAUAGAAAGACUGUACCUCAUUCAUGUAUCAAUUGGUUAAUUUUUUAUCCAUGUUCAGCCUUCUUGAGUCUUUUAUCUUCAUGUUUAAACACCCCUAAUCUGCCUGACACUUUCAACGAUGUUAGUCUUUUGAUGGAUGUCACAACCUGUUUCUUUGCUUUCAAUAAAAAUGUUUAUUUGAAGUCUACACCUGGAGUUCCUAAAGUUUACAGUCAAAGAGAUUCUACAAUAUUUUUAAUAUGUGGAGUUAUUUUGGCUAUUGGAAUAAAAAUCAUUGAAUCUAAAUCCCAUUACAAAUUUUCUGACAAUUAUCCAAGAUUCCAGGAACAUUUGAAAGAAUCCAGAGCCAUUUUCCCUGAAUUGUAUAAACCAAUAGUUACCAACAUGACUCAGGGAAAACCAUUACCCUUCAAUUAUAGUGAUUGGGAUGAUUCUCCUUUGAUAUUACCCUCUUCAUUUUUGCCGGGUCCAACAGGUUAUUUGACCAUACCGUUCCGCAGUCCUUCAGAUAAAUCACCUGUUUCAGAUUUUAAAUCCAAAAUGAGUUCCAAUGGAACCACAGCUUCAACGCCUUAUGAAGAUAAAAAUAGUUUAUCUUCACUUUUAGUCCAAUCCCCUGGUAUUAAUAAAGUUGGUUUAACAGAAGCUGAAUUUAAUGAAAAUCUCGAUAAAUUCUUUGGCCAUGAAAUCAAUUCCCCCAAUUUUUUCUUUGAUAAUAAUCUAGGACUUUAA